GUCAGGGUAGGUUGAGGCGCGCAGACAGCCGCCCGAGUCGAACAGUCGCUCCGCCCGACAACAUGGCGGCCACCGGGGUCCUGCCCUUCAUCCGCGGGGUCGAUUUAAGUGGAAAUGAUUUCAAAGGUGGGUAUUUUCCCGAACAUGUUAAGUCAAUGACCAGCUUGCGAUGGCUGAAGCUGAACCGGACGGGACUGUGCUACCUGCCCGAGGAACUGGCUUCUCUUCAGAAAUUGGAGCAUUUGUCAGUGAGUCACAACAGCCUGACCACCCUUCAUGGGGAGCUGUCCAGCCUGCCGUGCCUGCGGGCCAUUGUGGCUCGAGCUAACAACCUGAAGAAUUCUGGAGUGCCUGAUGACAUUUUUCAGCUGGAUGAUCUCUCUGUUUUGGAUCUCAGCUACAACCUGCUGAGUGAAAUCCCCCGAGAGCUGGAGAAUGCCAAAAACAUGCUGGUGCUCAACCUCAGUCAUAACAGCAUUGAGAACAUCCCAAACCAACUGUUUAUAAACCUGACUGAUCUGCUGUAUCUGGACCUGAGUGACAAUAAACUGGAGAGCCUGCCUCCGCAGAUGAGGCGCCUGGUUCAUCUCCAGACGCUGAUUCUGAAUAACAACCCACUUAUGCACGCUCAACUCCGACAGCUUCCUGCGAUGACUGCUCUACAGACGUUACACCUUCGGAACACGCAGCGUACCCAGAGCAAUCUGCCCACCAGCUUGGAAGGCCUGUCUACCCUGUCAGAUGUGCAGUUGUCUUGCAAUGACCUGACCAGGGUGCCCGAGUGCCUGUACACCCUGUCCUCCCUGCGGAGGCUGAACCUCAGCAGUAACCAGAUCUCUGAGCUGUCGCUGUGCAUUGAUCAGUGGACCCAACUGGAGAGUCUGAACCUGUCCCGGAACCAGCUGACCUCGCUACCGUCGGCCAUCUGCAAGCUGACCAAGCUGAAGAAACUGUAUUUGAACUCGAAUAAGCUGGACUUUGAUGGGAUUCCUUCCGGUAUUGGGAAACUCGCCAGCUUAGAGGAAUUCAUGGCGGCCAACAAUAACCUGGAGCUUAUCCCCGAAAGCUUGUGCAGAUGUGGAAAGCUAAAGAAGCUGGUUCUUAACAAAAACCGUCUGGUCACGCUGCCUGAAGCUGUACAUUUUCUUACAAACCUAGAGAUUCUGGAUGUGCGGGAGAACCCCAGCCUGGUCAUGCCUCCCAAACCCGUCGAUAAAACCUCGGAGUUUUACAACAUCGACUUCUCUCUGCAGAAUCAGCUGCGAUUGGCCGGAGCCUCACCUGCUGUGGUGGCAGCAGCCGCUGGAGCCAGUGGUGCUCGAGACCCAGUAGCUCGGAAGAUGCGUCUCCGAAGAAGGAAGGACUCAAGUCAGGAUGAUCAGGCCAAGCAAGUGCUGAAAGGGAUGAGCGAUGUGGCCGAGGAAAAGAACAAAAACCCACAAGACCCGGGAGAGCUCAAGUACACAGACCUGAAGACCAGGCGCUGGGAUCAGGGGCUGGAGAAACCGCACCUCAAUUACUCCGAGUUCUUCACAGAAGAUGUGGGUCAGAUCCCAGGACUUACAGUUUGGCACAUUGAAAAUUUCAUUCCCACCAUGAUUGACGAGGCAUUUCAUGGCAAGUUUUAUGAAGCAGACUGUUACAUUGUCCUAAAGACCUCACUGGAUGAGAACGGAUCAUUUAACUGGCAGAUCUUCUACUGGAUUGGCCAGGAAGCUACCAUGGACAAAAAGGCUUGUGCUGCCAUCCACGCCGUCAACCUGCGCAACUUCUUGGGUGCCCAGUGCAGGACCAUCCGUGAGGAAAUGGGAGAUGAGAGCGAGGAAUUCAGCACGGUAUUCGACAACUACAUUUCAUACAUUGAAGGAGGAACAGCAAGCGGCUUCUAUACAGUGGAAGAAACACAGUAUAUCACCAGAUUGUUUCGAUGCUACAAUAAGUCAAACAUAAAGCUGGAAUCAGUGCCCCUCAAAGCCUCAUCGCUGGAUCCUCGUUUUGUGUUCCUGCUGGAUCAUGGGCUGAACAUUUAUGUCUGGAGAGGCUGCAAGGCCACACUGAGCGCAAGUACGAAGGCCAGACUUUUUGCUGAGAAGAUCAAUAAAAACGAGAGGAAAGGGAACGCUGAGAUCCUGCAGCUGAUGCAGAGACAGGAGCCGCCGGAGUUCUGGGAGAGUCUGGGAGGGCAGCCCGAGGAGAUCAAAUGCCACGUUCCUGACGACUUCAAAGCCAUGAGACCCAAACUUUACAAGGUGGGCCUGGGUCUCGGAUAUUUGGAGCUUCCUCAGAUUAACUACAAACUCUCGGUGGAGCACAAAGUCAAACCCAAGAUCGAUCUGGUGCCGGAUCUCAGGCUGGUCCAGAGUCUCUUAGAUACAAAGUCCGUCUACAUCCUUGACUGCUGGUCCGAUGUCUUCAUCUGGAUUGGCCGCAAAUCCCCGCGGUUGGUCAGAGCAGCGGCCCUGAAGCUGGGACAGGAGCUGUGUGGGAUGUUACACCGGCCCAAACAUGCCAUCGUUGUCCGGAACCUGGAGGGUUCCGAGUGCCAGGUAUUUAAAUCUAAGUUCAAAAACUGGGAUGAUGUACUGAAAGUGGACUACACCAGGAAUGCGGAGACUGUGCUGAAAAGAGAAGGUCUCAUGGGGAAAGUGAAGAAAGACGCAGAGAAUAAAGACCAGAUUAAAGCAGACCUGACCGCCCUCUUCCUGCCUCGCCAACCAGCAAUGUUACUAGCAGAGGCUGAGCAGUUGACUGAGGAGUGGAAUGAGGAUCUGGAUGGAAUGGAGGGCUUUGUACUAGAAGGGAAGAAAUUUGCUCGUCUUCCUGAAGAAGAUUUUGGUCACUUUUACACCCAGGAUUGCUACGUCUUUCUGUGCAGGUACUGGGUUCCGGUGGAGUAUGAAGAUGAACAGAAGGAUAAAGAUAAAAUGGAGGAGGAGGGAGAGCAAGAAGAGAAGCAGCAGGAGGAAGAUUUCCAGUGUGUGGUGUACUUCUGGCAGGGCCGCGAGGCGUCCAACAUGGGCUGGCUGACAUUUACCUUCAGCCUGCAGAAGAAAUUCGAGAGCCUGUUCCCUGGCAAGCUUGAGGUGGUACGGAUGACGCAGCAACAGGAGAAUCUGAAGUUUUUGUCUCACUUCAAACGGAAGUUUGUCAUCCACAAGGGGAAGAGAAAGGCUCUCGAGAACAGCCUCCAGCCCAGCCUCUACCACAUUCGCACCAAUGGCAGUGCCCUCUGCUCCAGAUGUAUCCAGGUUCACACCGAGGCCAGCCUGUUGAACUCCGAGUUCUGCUACAUCCUGAAGGUGCCGUUCGAGAGUACAGACAACCAGGGCAUCGUCUACAGCUGGGUCGGACGUGCCGCGGACCCGGAUGAAGCCAAACUGGUUGAGGACAUCAUGAAUAGUAUGUUUGUUGAAACAUACAGCAAACAGGUAAUAAAUGAGGGUGAAGAACCGGAGAACUUCUUCUGGGUUGGGAUAGGAGGAGAGAAGCCGUACGAUGAGGAUGCGGAGUACAUGAAAUACUCUCGACUCUUCAGAUGUUCCAAUGAGAAGGGCUAUUUCUCUGUGUCUGAAAAGUGCUCUGACUUCUGCCAGGAUGACCUGGCAGAUGAUGACAUCAUGUUACUUGAUAACGGGAAGGAGGUUUACAUGUGGGUGGGGACACAGACCAGUCAGGUGGAGAUCAAGCUGAGUCUGAAAGCCUGUCAGGUUUACAUCCAGCACAUGAGAGCCAAGGACAGCCAGCAUCCACGCAAGUUACGGCUGGUCCGUAAGGGGAAUGAGCCCCACAAUUUCACCCGCUGUUUCCACGCCUGGAGUGCCUUCCGAAAACCACCAGCGUAAGCGGCCAUGACUCCGAACACCAAAGCUUUACUUUAGCCUCUUGUUAUCCAGGAAGGACAUGGCUGAGGAGGCCUUGCUCUCGCUUGUGCUCACGUUCCCCAGCUCACUACAAGCAAUUUCCCACACAGUGUCCAGGCUUGUCUGUGUCCUCCCCAGUUCUCAAGCCUCAAGAGACACGAGACAGUGAACAGCUGAGAAGAGUCGAUCAGCUUCAGGCUGAGGAGUGGAGAUACACAAACAUUUUUUCUGUUUUUACUUGUUUUCCUCCUUUUGCCGAUAAAUUAAGCUUUUAUUGAGAUUUUUUUAUGUGCAGAUUCUCGCUCGUGUCCAGCCUCCUCAGCUCCACUCAGUGAUAACAAGAUAUUUAAAAUAUUCAAUGAUGUAAUCAGUAAAUAUGAAUUUUUUUGUGGCAAAACAGGUUCUUCCUCAACAGAAUGUUAUUAAUAUAGACCCACCUGCCAAGCCCCGAGCAAAUCCCUGACUGUCCAGCGGCUUGGGCCGUCCUAUGAUGUGAAAGGCACUGUGUAAAUGUCAUGUGUUGUUGAGUAGUGCUGGGGAAGCCUGUAAUACAGGGGAUUCUCGACUGCAUCUUACCCCACUUUUUNCCUCUUUAGGUUGUGUAUUUUAUGUGGAAAAUAACGGUUUCAUAUCUUACACUUUAUUUUUAGCUCCAAAAAAAAUCAGAGACCUUCCCCAGGCCUCAGUGGCAACAUUGCAGCUUUUCUGACGUGAGGCAGCAAAUCAGUUACUUUAAACACAAGGCAGAGAAGCCAAGGAGCAGAGUUUCUGCUUCAGAAGGUGGACGAGAGAAAAGCCUUGUUUUUUCACUCAUUGCUGGUGGACAAUGUGCAGCAGUCAGUGAGGUGAUGUUGAUUAUGAGUCAGAGGUAGAUUGAUAAGCUGCAUUUCAAUAAGUAAGCCAUAGAUCAGUUUCCUGAUCACUGACUGCUCGAGGCUAAAUCUGGCCUCUGUGUUGGGUUCAGAUCAGCCCCCACCCCCCCUCACCCAUUGGUGUAAAACCUGGUUUAAGCCAUCAAAUGCCCCAAAUUAAACUCUUCCCACCUUCACCCGUUACCCACUUCUGCAGGUUCAGACAUCACAAUAACCAGUGAGGUUACAGGAAGCUGAAGAUUGGAUAACUUUGUGCAAUUAUAUUCCGCAGCUGCAGGAAUGAUGCCGGCAGUUACAGAAGUGGGUUUAUAUAGCAGUUACUGAGGAAAAUGCACUGUGUUUUAACUAUGUAAAAAAAAAGCAAAUGUUUUGAACUGUACAAUGUAUCAAUGUAUCACCUCAGUGUUUCUCUGAUAAACAUCCACGCUGGGGAAGCCA